GGGCUUCCUUGGUCAUCCAAAAUCUUAGUCAAUCCCGUUAAUCAUGUGGCUUCGACAAGAGUACAAACCUGAAAAACAACGGUUCGAAAAUCCAUUUGAACUUGAAGUUGAUAGGGGUUCUGACGCUGAUCGAUCAGGAGAAUACAAUGGCGUGUCUCUCAUAAAACUUCGACAGAGUUACACAGCUCUUGGAACAACUGUUUGGGAUGGAAGUAUUGCACUCGCUAAGAUGUUCGAUAAUCGAGAUAUAUUUCCGUUACACUAUUUGCAGGAAUGUCGAGUUUUAGAACUUGGAGCUGGCUGCGGUUUAGUGGGAAUUUAUUUGUGUUUGUUAGGUGCGAAAAUGACCGUUCUAACUGAUCAGAAAUGUUGUGUAAAAACUCUUGAAGACAACGUGGCAGCAAAUGUGACUGGAGUUGGUCGGAGUAGAAUCAAGGUUGAGGAAUAUUGUUGGGGGAAGAGCACAGAAGAUUUAACAAAAGAUGGUCUGUUUCAUCUCAUUCUCGCUGCAGAAUGUCUUUAUUCAGCGGACGACUCUGUGCUACUCGCUCGGUGCAUCACAAAAUUAGCAAAACCUGGUUCACGUAUUUACGUAUCAAUGGGAAGGAAUCGUGGAGGCGAGUAAGCAUUUGUGAAAACGAUGACAGAUCAAGGUUAUGACUGCAACAAGGUAUGGAAGUUAGAAACACUGCCCAACUGGUUAUACAGUCGAACCUCAAUUAAUUCC